GGCAAACAGGAUCAACAAUUGUUUUCAAAACAAUAAUGCCUCCGAAAAAGGAUGCAAAAGGUGGCGGAAAAGCAGCUCCAGCUAAGGGAGCUGCGGGUGGCAAGAAAGGCGGCGGGGGCGGUGGUGAAGAAGGUGCGGCGAAGGAGAAAAAGGGUGGAAGCGCUGUGAAGGUCCGACACAUCCUGUGCGAGAAGCAGGGCAAAAUACUGGAGGCUCUGGAAAAGCUAAAGGAAGGCCAAGCGUUCAAUGUGGUCGCGACCAACUACAGCGAAGAUAAGGCACGCCAAGGAGGGGAUCUCGGCUGGCAGAUACGUGGGGCCAUGGUAGGCCCGUUCCAGGAUGCGGCAUUUGCGUUACCAAUCUCUACCACCAACGCUCCCAAGUACACCGAUCCUCCUAUCAAGACCAAGUUCGGAUACCACAUUUUAAUGGUUGAAGGCAAGAAGUAGCUGCGCUAA